GUCGCAGGCUCGCGGCGGUGCUGCCGUUGUCGCACGCAGUCCCAGCCCGUCGUCGAGGGCGUCCGGGCGUGCAGAGGAAGAGUCGUCAGGCGGCGGCUGCUCGCUGGGCAGAGGGCGAGGCGGGGCAGCUGGAUGCAGGCGACGCUGGCAGGGCUCGCUCUCAAGAAUGGCGCGCUGUUCUCAUGCCAGAGCGGGUGCGUACGUCGUUGGCAGGGCAGGCGAGGUUUCCACAGACUCCGCAAGUGAUCCCUCAGGCGUGCGGUCAGUGCGCUCUUGGACCGUCCGCGUCAUUCGUCAACGCGAAGCAGCACGAAGCGCGCCGAAAAUCGUGCCCGCCGACUUAACCACUCUGCUGCCUUUUUCCGCGCAGAAGACGUGUUACUUUACGCUAUGGAAUAUGGAAGCGAGCGAGGCGGGCAUAGCUACAGCGGCCAGCAACAGAUUCACUCGUUUGCAGGAAGGGGCGCGGUCGUUGCACCCUCCAUUAAUAUCGGCUUGGGCGACCCUGGGGCCCUCCAGGCCCUUUAGACAGAGGCAGCACAACGCCUUCCCUGCCCUUUCCGCCGGCUAUUCCACGCAGCAACCACCCCACCAGUCACUCGCUGCUGCAGCAAUGUGUGCACAUGGCUUGCCUCUCCACUUCGUCGUGUUGCUUGCGGGAAAGACCGUGAUGCCAGCCAUGCCCACCCUCGUUAGCCUCUCAACCGUCGCCACUUCGUUCCGCACUCAGCUUCUUCACAACUACCAAAUACCCUCGAUAAAUGAGCUGAAGGAUGUUGCAGGCCUUAAAGCUUCAGCCGGCACGCGCAGUUCGGCGUCUCAGUUGAUGGUUUGCUGCAUGGACCACCUCCACCAGCCUUCGUGUCACAGAUGCAUUUACAUCAAGACCUUCACACGCGUAUUGUACAGGAGUAAAGGGGAUGUUGCACAGAGAUUGCCACCUGUAACGCCCACAACACCCAGCCCAUUGAACUGGAAUCACGUGUGUUCCAUUGCUGCUGGGUAACAUCUACCAUGUCACCUUUGAGGUGUGUAACCAUGGGCGUGAGGGUUUCGACGGGCAUUGUUGCAAAAAACCAGGACGUGCAAGCGCUCUUUUCAUACUCGAUCAUUGUUUGAGUGUGUUCCUAUGCUGAUGGUUUUGCGGAUGUGUGCAGUUGGUGCUGUUCGCGCGACCGUUGUCUCUCGCCUCACAUAUCUCCACCAAUAAUGUUAAUUCUAGCUGACAACACUGCCACGGCUGGAUAGUCCAUGGAUCACGAUCAAGCUCGGGGCGUUUGGUAUUCUGGGACAAGUGUAUGUUGUGUAUAGAGACAUGAGCAUCGA